ACAGCUGAUCAGUCGUUCCGUGACGGACAAUCCGUUCGGUUGUUGUCCAAUUCGAAAGGGUGAUUAUCGUGGGGAGUUUUUUUUACACGGAAUGACAGUGAGCCGCUGUGUAUAAGAAUUUCCUAUACAUACAUGCCAUUAUUUACGUGCUCUAUGCAAUUUGAAAAAGUAACAAAAUUAAGAGGUACGGGCGGAGGUGUUGGCCCAGUGAAAUUCCUUGCAACAUCAACGCGCUGCGGGUUGCAGUUCGUAGCGUCGUCGGGUCAUCUACAUCGUCGUUAUUUUUCUCUUUUUCGAAGAAAAUCGUUGACGCGUGGAAGGUCUAUGACCGAUUCACGAGGUUUCCCUUAUCAGAGGAGCAAAAAAAGCUACAGUAGCGUAGGUGUAAACAGCAUCAGAUUCAAAUUGAUGAAGUCCGAGGCGAUCGGAGAGGAGGACACGACUGCUGAUCCUGCAGUUUGUGAACAUUGAUACUGGUGUACUCGUAGGUCGCAAUAUAUCUAUUUUUCUGUGUUGUAAUUUCUUCGGCGGAUAUCGGUCUAGCUAUUGUUCUAUCUUUUUUUUUUUCCAUCGCAUUUAUUAGUUUAUACGACGGUGGUCCUGCGUGAAAUUGUUCUUCGUACGAGCAACGAUUGCUUUUCCUUUGUAUAAUUAUACGUAUACAUGUGUGGGUGCGCGCGCACACAAGUGAGAACGUAAAAAAGAAAAGGUCGAUGACAAUGCAACGAGUCCAAGAUCAGGACAAUGGAAUCAACAUCAAAUUUGGUGCGAGCAAAAAUAAGAAAGGGGAUUAUAAACUGGUGUCACAACACUUGGAAAAUGAGAAGAAAAGUAACUUCAAUGGGACCAAUAAACAAGUUAAAAAGGUAACGGCAGAGGAAGACUUAGUUCCACCGGAUGGAGGAUGGGGCUGGCUUGUACUUUUAGCAUCCGUUAUGGUCAAUUUACUUAUCCCAGGAACAGUGAAAUCUUUUGGCGUUCUAUUUGUUGAAUUUCUUGAAGUUUUUGAUGCAUCGCCUUCCGCAGCUGCAUGGAUACCAGCGUUAUGUUACUUUCUAUACAGUUCUCUUGGGCCUCUGUCCAGUAUAUUAUCGGUUAAAUAUUCUUACCGGACGGUAACUCUAUUAGGAGGAACAUUUGCAGCUGCAGGAAUGAUGUUAAGUUAUUUUGCAGACUCUGUGGCCUUCCUGUGCGUUAGCUAUGGUGUCUUGGUUGGAACAGGAGCAGGAUUGGCUUUCCCUCCAACUGUAUAUAUUGUAACAUCUUACUUUGUACGGCUGCGUGGACUUGCGAAUGGACUUUGUAUAUCUGGUAGUGCAUUGGGUUCAAUAUUCCUUCCACCCAUCCUAGGAGUUCUUCUACGAGAAUAUGGUUACAGAGGUGCAGUAUUAAUAAUGGGUGCUGUCACUUUAAAUGUAUGGGCGAGUGCUCUUUUGUACGAACCGGUGGAAAAACACAUGGUGCCCGCGUCACCGCCAAACAAGUCGAACGACGACGACUUGGAGGCCGCAUCGAACACAGUAACUAGUCCAGAAGAUGAGAAGCAACCGAAAAUGGUUGAUUCUUCCUCGAAUUCGAACGAGAAGGCUGCGCCAAUAGUACCAAAGAGUGCGUCUAGCGUUGCAUUAGAAUAUUACAAGAAUACACCUGUCCAGGGAAGGACUAGAAAAAUAAGUAUGCCUACUGGACGAGAGAUAGCUGGCCAGAUGCAUAGUACUCCAGCCCUGCAUGCGGUUCCAGAACGAGGUGCUGAUGCCAAUAAAUUGUUCAGACGCCAGAGAUCACCGUUUCAAUCUCCUAGCACGUCGUCGUUUAAUUACGUUAGCACGCCGUAUCAUGGAAGCACGUUGUCUGCUUUGCAUCCGGAAAGAGCGUCCACGUUGACGUUGAACGCAAUAUCAAGUACGUUCACAAGAAAGACUACCGACGAGGGGAACAAAGAUGAAGAGAAGCAACAGAACAAAUUCUUCGAUUUCAGUUUACUGAAGGAUCCAAUUUAUUUAGUUAUAUUGAUAUCAAACUCUACCAACGCUGUCAGUUACACUAACUUUGUUAUACUAUUGCCAGCGUACGCGAUCUCCUUAGGCUUUGACAAAAACAUGUCUUCCCUUCUUCUCUCGACCGUUUCAAUCUUAGAUUUAAUAGGACGUAUCGGAGGCUCCGCUUUCUCCGAUGUCUCGAUAAUGCCAAAGCACUGGUACUUCGUUGGAGGAUUGCUCAUUUCUGGAAUCUCGUUAGCUCUUUUGCCAAUUGCCACUAGCUACACAAUGCUGUCUGUUUAUUGCGGUGUUUUCGGUUUAGCAUCCGGUAUAUACGUCGGUAUUACCGCGGUUAUCAUGGCUGACAUGCUGGGAACAGAGAAGCUAACUUCUUCUUACGGGAUUUCAUUGUUCGUUAAUGGAAUCAUUCAGCUCAUUGGUCCACCGAUUUGCGGUAUUAUAUUUGAACAGAUUGGGAGCUACGGUCCGAUUUUUAGUAUCUUGGGAAUAAUUUUAGUAGUUGGUGCUUCUUUGUGGGGAUUCGUUCCAUUCAUUAGGAAAAAACAGGACGCUUUAGAGAAAGAGAACUCGAUUGAAAAGUUAUAGUGUCUUUAGUUAUUGGGAUUGAUUAUUUUAUGAAGGACGAGAGCUUGAUUGUAUGAUUAUCUUAGGAUAUAAUUAUUAUAUCCAUAGGGCGUGUAUCGAGAUCUAUAUAAAAAGAUACAAUUAUGAAAUACUGUGAUGUUAGAAUGAAUGUUAUGUAUGUAUAUACCACUGGCACUGUGAUGAUGUUAUAAUACAAUCCACGCACACGUAUUUUCAGGUGGAUUAACGAGGAAACAAUUUUCAGAAUAUAUAUUUUUACCAAACGCGAAAGUAUUUUCUUUUUAUCGGAAGUUAGAAAUAUCUUGCCUUACAUAUGAAAAGAAAAUUAUUCUUUGGAUAUAAAUUCUCGUGGGUACUAAAAAACAAAUGGAACUGUAAGUACUUAGUUUAAAGAUGCACUAGCUGUUGGUGCUAAUGUAAUUAAAAAAGAUGCAAUAAUAUAAUUUAGUACACGUACAAUUUUCUUAGGAUAUAUGUAUACAGUUGUAAAAACAAAAAAGAAUUAAGUAACUCUUCUUGUUAUAUAUACACUAAAGAUAGGGUCAGUCAAUUUUGUUAUCAAUUCAAUUCAUUUAUAAUUCACCGAAAAAUAUGCCUUACAAAAUAAAACAUAAGCACUUUGUAAUUAAUGAAUUACGUUUAUAAUACUAUGCCGUAUGUAAAAUAAAUAACAAUAAAAAAACA